GGACCGGCGGGGGCGGGGGAGGCGGAGCCCGCCCGGCAAGAUGGCGCCGUCCGCGUUGCUGCGGCCCUUCUCCCGGCUGCUGGCCCCGGCCAGGCUCCCGAGCGGCUCGUCCGCGCGGUCCAAGUUCUACGUUCGGGAGCCGCUGCACGACAAACCUGAUUGGCUGAAAGUGGGGCUGACCUUGGGCACCACCGUCUUCCUGUGGGGCUAUCUCAUCAAACAACAUAAUGAAGAUGUUUUAGAAUAUAAAAGAAGAAAUGGGUUGGAAUAAACUUCUUAAAUGCUAAUACUGUAUGCUCCGUAUAGAGUUGAAAGCAGUUCCAAUCUGCUGAGUUGUAAGCGAGAGAGAAAAGUUAUAUGUGAAACUAUGUAAUCAGCAUUUGUGUUUUGCAUCAUUAAAUGAAAAAAUAAAAAUACAUCUGUAUUCUUCA